UCGCAACCAUGGAGAAGCUGCUGCUGUCCCAGCUUCUGUGUCUGCUCCUCAGCCCACUGAUCCCGCUGAUCCACUCCCAAAGGAGCAACUCCCAACUGGACGAACUGCGGCGACUGGGCCUGGGAAAUGUCGUCAAUGUGCCUUUCUUCAGCGAUGUGCCCCAAAGAAACUAUGACUUCAUCGUGGUUGGCGGCGGAGCAGCUGGCUGCACGUUGGCCGCUCGCCUCUCGGAGAAUCCCAACUGGAGUGUGUUCCUCAUCGAGGCCGGCGGCGUGGAGAACAUAGUGCACCAGGUGCCGCUGCUGGCGGCCCAUCUGCAGUCGACCGCCUCCAAUUGGGGCUACAACUCGACGCCACAGCGCCAUGCCUGCCGUGGCAUGCCCGACAACAGGUGCGCCCUGCCGCGGGGCAAGGUGCUGGGUGGCACCAGCUCCAUCAACUAUAUGAUCUACAACCGGGGCAAUCGCAGGGACUUUGAUGCCUGGGCGGCAGCUGGCAAUCCCGGCUGGAGUUACGACGAUGUGUUACCCUACUUUCUGCGGAGUGAGCAUGCGCAGCUGCAGGGACUGGAGCAGUCGCCGUAUCACAAUCGCAGUGGUCCCCUGAGUGUGGAGGAUGUGCGCUAUCGCUCGCGACUGGCGCAUGCCUACAUUCGCGCUGCCCAGGAGGCGGGUCAUCCGCGCACGGACUACAAUGGGGAGUCGCAGCUGGGCGUGUCCUACGUGCAGGCCACCACACUGAAGGGCAGAAGGCACAGUGCCUUCCGUGCCUACAUCGAGCCCAUACGAUCCAGGCGUCGCAAUCUGCACAUCCUCACACUGGCCAGAGUCACCCGUGUGCUCAUAGAUGCAGCCACCAAGUCCGCCUACGGCGUGGAGCUGACCCAUCAGGGCAGAAGCUUCAAGGUGAAGGCCCGCAAGGAGGUUAUCCUAUCGGCGGGUGCCUUCAACUCGCCGCAGUUGCUGAUGCUGUCGGGGAUUGGGCCAGAGGAUAACCUCAAGGCCAUUGGCAUACCGCUGAUCAAGGCGCUGCCGGUGGGCAAGCGAAUGUUCGAUCACAUGUGCCACUUUGGACCCACCUUUGUGACCAACACCACGGGCCAAACUCUGUUCGCCGCCCAACUGGGCGCACCGGUGGUCAAGGAGUUCCUACUGGGCCGGGCGGAUACCAUCCUGUCCAGCAUCGGCGGCGUGGAGACGCUCACCUUCAUCAAGGUGCCAUCCGGCAAGAGUGCGGCCAGCCAGCCCGAUGUGGAACUCAUCCAGGUGGCCGGCAGCCUGGCCAGCGAUGAUGGCACCGCCCUGGCCAAGGGAGCCAACUUCAAGGACGAGAUAUACGAGAAGAUGUACAAGGAGCUGACGCUGACGCAGCAGGAUCACUUCAGCUUCCUCAUCAUGCACUUCAAGCCCGCCUCCGUGGGUCGCCUGUGGCUGCACAAUCGCAAUCCCCUCGAGUGGCCACGCAUCGAUCCCAAGUACUUCUCGGCCCCCGCGGAUGUGGAGCACCUACUGGAGGGCAUCAAGGAGGCCAUCCGCAUCUCCCAGAUGCCGGCCAUGCAGGCCGUGGGCACCAGACUGCUGGACAAGCCGGUGCCAGGUUGUGAGAGCCACGAGUUCGCCUCGGACGAUUACUGGCGCUGCUCCAUACGCACCCUGUCCUACACACUGCACCACCAGGUGGCCACCUGUCGCAUGGGCGCCGAGAGUGACCCCACCACCGUGGUCAACCAUCAGCUGAGGGUGCACGGCAUGCGGAAACUCCGGGUGGUGGACACCGGCAUCAUCCCCUUCCCGCCCACCGCCCACACGAAUGCAGCGGCCUUCAUGAUCGGGGAAAAGGCGGCGGAUAUGAUACGAUCCGACUGGAGUUGAUUAGCGGCAGAUGACGAGAGAUCAGCAUCAGAAACGGCGGCGAUUUAUGUAAAGGGGUUAAUAAAAUGCGAGAGGAAAGUUGGACAGAAAGCAAACGGGUCAAAACGACGCAAGUUGAAAGCAUUUGACAAUUCUUUAAUAUUCUAAAUGAUUUUUGACUACCAUACAUAAGUAAUCUAAAUUUCACUUGUAAAGGGCAUCAUAUUAUUUAAAUCUUAUUUCAAAUUCACAA